AUGUCGCUACAUCAAGCUUGUCAACAAAUGAAACCAAACGCAUCAUGUGCGAAUACAGUUAAUCACUUUAAACAUAUUGAAUCCGAACUACAACUCGAUGAAAAAUUACUUCAUGAUCAUCGCUUCAAAAGAGGAGCAAUUGAUCUUGUAGGCAAUAUUGCACAUUCACUGUUUGGAGUAUUAGACUCAGAAAAUGCCAAAGGAAUGUCAAAUAUAAUUUCAGAAGUGAAACCAAAUGAAAUACAAUUAUUGACGCUAUUUAAGAAUCAGACAUCAGUUGUCGAUUCAACAAUCAACAUAUUGAAGAAAGAUAAAAUAGCAGUUCAAGAAGGUUUUGACCACAUUGACAAUGAAAUAAAGGCAUUGAUACAUUCAAUAAAAGAUACAAAUAGAGAGCACAUAAUCUACAGAAGAUACAAUCUGCCAUUACAUAUAGAUGCUCUAAUUGAUACUCAUCAUGGAAAAGUGAAUCCAUUGUUAUUGACACCAACACAAUUACAAAAGGAAGUUAAUCAAAUCAAACUUCAUUUAUCACCAUCAUUAGAAUUACCGAUGCCAGAAGAUGAGUUAAUAUCCCUUUACAGAGUAAUGAAGGUUAAAGGUGGAAUCACACAGCAGCAUGCAGUUUUUAGUAUAACAUUACCCUUGAUUGAACAUGAACGAUUUGAAUUGUUUCAGCUAAUUCCAAUCCCGAACUGGGUAAAUGACUCCAUGACGGUAAUUGACUCCUGCAGUUCUAUUUUGGCUAUUAAUACGCAGCAUGAUCAAUAUUUUCCUCUUAUAAAAUCCGAAUUAAGUCUUUGUGAGACCAUUAAGGAAGAGGAAUUUCUUUGCACCAACGUCCGUAUACGAUACAAUUUUGGUUCCGAAGUAUGUGCGUGUGAGGUCAACCUAUUCAACAACAACACAAUACCAAAUUGUCGGUUGAAACACACUAUCAACAAGCUGACCUGGAUUCCAUUGAAUCACAAAAAUCAAUGGAUUUAUGCGACAUCAACAUCUUCACGAGCAACUGCAGUAUGUAAUAAGGAAAUCAUUCCACUAAAUCUAAAAGGUUCAGGAUUAUUGACGAUCGAUCCAGACUGCGUGCUUAAACACAACUUUGUUUCCGUGCAAGGACAACAAAUAAUUGCAAGCACGGCAAGAUAUUCAUACAGUAGUCUUGGUACAAUCUCCGAAUUAAGGCUACAACCCCCUAUGAAGACAUCAGAUGCUUACAGCGGCAACAGUACACUGUCAAUAGUACGCAACAACCAAUACAAUCAACAGCUUAAAGAACUCACAGUAUUGCAGAAGGUGUUACAGUCAUACCAGAUAAAUGAUCUUCCAAAUCAAUUUCAGUCACACAAGUACCACAGCUUCACCAUAGCUUACGCUGCACUCGUUAUAGGGCUGAUAUUAAUCAUAAUCAUGAUGAAGAAGAAAUUGCAGAAAAAACAUGUUGAAAUUCCAUCCGAUAAAGAAGCCACCCGCACGACACCUAUACCCAUGCCACGUCGACAGUCACGAGAAUUCGUUAUCAACAUAUAG